GCAAGGGAAGUAACUCCGGCGACAACAUUUUUCAGGAAAACAUGAACCAUGUUUCAAUCCGUUACCUUGGUUUUGUGGCAGUUGGGUUUCCAUUGUUUGGAUUUUUAUUUGCAGUAGUCUGGUCCAUCAUUCAUGAUUAUGAAGCCUCUGUGCGAACCAUAUGCCAUGUUCCAAACUUCCUGCCUACAGUGAGUUCAGCCAUUGGUGGGUUCACACCGCAGAGAUAUAUAUGGCGUAUCUGUAUAGCCCUGCAGGCGGGGCUCAGGUUUCUGCUUGCCUUCUGUUACUUCAACUGGCAUUUACGUAUACACAUGGGACCACAGCAGACAGCAUACAGAAAUGGUGUUAUCUUUGCAGUGAGCUUACAUGUGACAGAGAAUCUCGCUCUUGUAAUACUCUCCUCUAUAUCAUCCACAGACAACGCAGAAAUACAUGAAUACUCAUUUAUAUUGUUUAUGGUUUGUUCACAAGUAUACAUGCUGGUUUCCUGCUUGUUGAUUGGCUGGACCCACAGAUCUGGCACAUUUAAAGUUACACCUCAGGAUGUGAAAUGGUUACGAGUGAAGUGGUUCUUGUUUUUAUUCAACCUGACUGUAUUUUUACUGUCUGUGUACUUGUAUUUCCGACAUAAUACCUAUUGUGAACCCUACAUAUACUCGUGGUUUGCACUUUGUGAAUAUCUUACGAUCUUGACAAAUAUAGCAUUCCAUGGCUUGUGCUGUGUUGACUUCCGGCAGUACAGUUUUACAGUUCUUGACACUGAGGACAUCAGCACUGGACGCUUCAAGAAUUCUUGAUCAUAAUUCAUUUUAGAAACAUUCCAUUACGCAUAUCCAUGUCUGCCUUUUGUUUGUUGACUCUUUAACUCAAACUUUUACUUCUUAUUUAGUUGAUCUGUUAAUAAGAAAUUGCUUGUAUUUUCGUUGUGAUGGAUGUUAUUUUUCACUCGUAUUUUGUUACUAGUAUGUUCUAUGUAGGUCUAAGGUUUUGACCUUGAACUCUGUUUCAUUGUGACAAAAAACAAACUGUUUUAAAGAAGUUAACAGUCAUUACAUCAAAUCAUGUUUAAUAUGUAAAAAUUUUGUACCAUUUACGCAACAUGUAUAAAUACCAGCAAGUCCUCCUGUGUACUGUAUUGCAGCAAUGGUCCCAUUUUUUUGGAAAAUCCAAAUCAUGUACAAGUAUUAUGUUUAAUUUUGUUAUGCUUUUUUAUGGCUGGUUGUGAUUGUAUCUAACAGGGUUAUUAUAAUUGUAGCUUGAUCUGGUAUAUUGUAUUAGGCUUGAGUGGAGUUCUCAGACAGGGAUCGCUCAAGACAAACAUGAUCUGGCCCUGAUUUCACAAAAAUACUUAAGUGUGUAAGUUGACUUAAAUAUGUUAAAUUUGCUCAAGUUUUUACUUUUUUUUAAAGCAGAUUAAUGUACUGAAGUCAAUUAACAAACUUAGAUAUUUUUGUAAAGUGGGGGACUGGCCCAGUAAAAUCUAAAAGCUUUUACUCGUAAUACAUCCCAGAUAUUGCGUUUUUGUGGAUAUUAAUAUAUCUCAUCUUUUUAUUUAUUUGCUAAAUACAAGCCAUAUUUUUUUACAGAUUUAUUUAUAGGUUUAUACAAAGAAGUAUAAAAUACACAGAAUGGCAACUGGCUGUAAUCUCGCGUGAGCUCGUGUCAGAGCGUGAUUCGGCGUUAUCUUACUAAAAACAAACAUCAGCGAGCAUGGAGUUACAAUUUGUACCUUUAAAACUACAUUUAAAAUACAUGUUAGCUUCUUAAACAAAACUAGUUUAAUGUGAAAUGGUCUUAAGACACGAAGUACACGUUUUUUUUUUUGCCAUCGAAAGAAGCGUGGUACAUACGUUGAUAAUUAUUUUACCGAUGAAUAAUUGCUUUCGCAUACAAAAAGGCGCGUGGAGAAAGCGCCACUUCCGGUAAACGAGAUCUCGUUUUUAGCUCACCUGUCACAAAGUGACAAGGUGAGCUUUUGUGAUCGCGCGGUGUCCGUCGUCCGUCGUCCGUCCGUGCGUCCGUGCGUCCGUAAACUUUUGCUUGUGACCACUCUAGAGGUCACAUUUUUCAUGGGAUCUUUAUGAAAGUUGGUCAGAAUGUUCAUCUUGAUGAUAUCUAGGUCAAGUUCGAAACUGGGUCACGUGCCAUCAAAAACUAGGUCAGUAGGUCUAAAAAUAGAAAAACCUUGUGACCUCUCUAGAGGCCAUAUAUUUCACAAGAUCUUCAUGAAAAUUGGUCAGAAUGUUCACCUUGAUGAUACCUAAGUCAAGUUCGAAACUGGGUCACGUGCCAUCAAAAACUAGGUCAGUAGGUCUAAAAAUAGAAAAACCUUGUGACCUCUCUAGAGGCCAUAUUGUUCAUGAGAUCUUCAUGAAUAUUGGUCAGAAUGUUUAUCUUGAUGAUAUCUAGGUCAAGUUCGAAACUGGGUCACGUAGGGUCAAAAACUAGGUCAUUAGGUCUAAAAAUAGAAAAACCUUGUGACCUCUCUAGAGGCCAUAUUUCUCAAUGCAUCUUCAUGAAAAUUGGUCAGAACGUUCAUCUUGAUGAUAUCUAGGUCAAGUGCGAAACUGGGUCACGUGGGGUUAAAAACUAGGUCAGUAGAUCUAAAAAUAGAAAAACCUUGUGACCUCUCUAGAGGCCAUAUUUUUCAUGAGAUCUUCAUGAAUAUUGGUCAGAAUGUUCACCUUGAUGAUAUCUAGGUCAAGUUCGAAACUGGGUCAUGUGGGGUCAAAAACUAGGUCAGUAGAUCUAAAAAUAGAAAAACCUUGUGACCUCUCUAGUGGCCAUAUUUCUCAAUGGAUCUUCAUGAAAAUUGGUCAGAAUGUUUACCUUGAUGAUAUCUAGGUCAAGUUCGA